AGGGGGUAAGAGAGAGAAGGGUUUUACACGGAGCAAUGACCUCAGCCAAAGAGGAGGAGGACAACAUGGACAAGAAACUGGCACACAUUAAACAAGAGGACUGUGAGUGGGGUGCACCAGAGGAGCCGGACAUCAAGUCGGAAGAUUGCGAAGGAACGGUUUCAGUUUUUAAAGAGGAGGAGUCCAAAGAGAUGACCGUCGAAGUGAAAGUCGAGAAUGCAGAAGACUUCUCAGUUAGUGUUAAAGUUCAAAAGCACGGGAGUGAGAAUAUUUUCAAGCAAGAUGUUUGGGAAGAACCUCAUUCCGGUUUGCAGCCCCAGUUCCCUAAUACGGGACAACGGGCUAUCAAACAGGACUCCGAAUCAGAGUGUGAGGAGAAAAUCGGUGAAGGAAACAGGAGAGAGGCAGAAGAGCAGCAGCCUUCAUCCGGGAGCGUGGGAACAAAUUUGCAAGCCAAUGCCCUCUCCUCCACAUCUUCAUUUGUUCAGACUUCCCUUCGGUGCAAAUUGCAACCCGAGCAGGAGAAACAGAAGAUUAAGAAAUCAGCAAGAGGAUCAGGGAAUCUGAUAGCAGCACCUUUACAGUACAGAUCUCUUCCUGCAAGAGAAGCCAUCAAUGCUGACCAACAUCAAGCGCAUAACACAGAGCAAGAGGCUUUGUGUGCUAGCCAGGAAGGUGGGCAAAAUGUUCAAAACAAAUCUUACUGUAAAGAUCUCAGGGCAAUUAAGUCGAGACCAAAGCCAUAUUGCUGUUCUACUUGUGGCAAACUUUUCCCUUUCAGAAGCCGUCUAAAGAGACACAUGAGAAUUCAUACUGGAGAAAAACCUCAUUGCUGCUCUGAAUGUGGAAAGCAAUUUUCUGACAGUAACGGCCUCCAGAAACAUUCAAAAAUCCACACUAGAGAAAAACUGUAUGUCUGUACGGAAUGUGGCAAACAAUUCACUGUCAGCAGCUAUCUUCAGAGGCACAUGAGAAUUCAUACUGGAGAAAAACGUUAUUGCUGCUCUGAUUGUGGGAAACGAUUUUCUGGCAGUUCCAGUCUCUCAAAACAUGCAAGAAUCCACACUGGAGAAAAGCCUUACGUCUGUGCUGAAUGUGGGAAAAGAUUCAGUAACAGUAGUGCCGUUCAGAGCCACAAAAGAGUUCAUGCUGCAGAGAAGCCUUAUUGCUGCUCUGUAUGUGGCAAACGAUUUUCUUUCAAUUGUAGCCUCCAAAUCCACACAAGAAUCCACACUGGGGAAAAGCCGUAUGGCUGUGAUGAAUGUGGCAAACGUUUCAGUAACAGUAGUGCUGUUCAGAGUCACAAGAGAGUUCAUACUGGAGAGAAAGCUUAUUGCUGCUCUGAAUGUGGGAAACGAUUUUCUGAUAGCUGCAGUCUCCAAAGACAUACAAGAAUCCACACUGGAGAGAAGCCUUAUGGCUGUGCUGAAUGUGGAAAAAGAUUCAUUCAAAGUGGCCAUCUUCAGAGUCACUUAAGAAUUCACACAGGAGAGAAGUCAUACGGCUGUGCUGAAUGUGGCAAACAAUUCAGUGGCAGUAGUCAUCUACAAAGACACAUAAGAAUUCAUACAAAAGGAAAACUCCAUGGCUGCUCUGAAUGUGGCAAAGAGUUUUAUGACCGUAGCAGUCUCCAAAAACAUAAACGAAUUCACACUGGAGAAAAGCCAUAUAGCUGUGUUGAAUGUGGAAAGAAAUUCAGUAACAGUAGCCAUCUUCAGAGCCACACACGAAUCCAUACUGGAGAAAAACCUCAUUGCUGCCCUGAAUGUGGCAAACAUUUUUAUGACGGUAGCAGUCUCCAAAGACACGCAAGAAUCCACACUGGAGAAAAGCCCUUUAGCUGUGCUGAAUGUGGCAAACGAUUCUUUCAAAGUUGCCAGCUUCAGAGUCACACAAGAAUUCACACAGGAGAGAAGCCUUAUGGCUGUGCUGAAUGUGGCAAAAGAUUCUCCCACGGUAGCGCCCUUCAGAGGCAUAAACAAGUUCAUACUAAGGGGAAGCCACGUUGCGGUCCUGAUUGAGGCAAACACUUCACCGGCAGUAGCCGUCCUCUGAAUUCAUACUGGAGAAAAAUGUUUGAACCCGGAUGAAACACAAAUACUUGUGCACAAGACAAUAAGACGAGGAGUACGUCAGCAGAACAAAAAGGAUCCAUCAACGCACAGAACUAAUCCUAGGCUAUAAAUCAAUUUGGAGAUCCCUGUGCUACCCAGCAGUUUGGGAGUAAUUAACUAGCCACAAAAUGACCAUCGUAAACCGGACAACAAAGCACAAAUAUUGCUGCAUGUAUACCAGUUAAUUUACAAAAAUCAGUUUAUACCAAGAGUUUCCAUCACAAGACAUGGUAUGGUGUGGUAUAGUGAAAUCGACUACCAAUAGAAAUCAGCAGUAAUUGGACCACAGACUUGCCUGUUGAACAAAAAAAUAACAUUCAACCUCAAAUUAAGAAAACCCAACACAACCUCCGUAAUCGAGCUAACUUUAUUUUAUUUUAAGGAGGGCCGGAAAGUUCCCUAACUUGUGCACAGAUAGACAUAUACGGAGUUUGACAAUUGGUAAAAGACUGUGUGCUAGCGCUCAGACCCCCAAACUCCCCAGAUUUUGUAAAUGCGGGUUACGUCUUGAGUGCAUUUCGUAAGUGCUAGUUACAUCCUGAGCGUACGCGAUGCGCUUGGCAAGUGUUUUGCGGUCAUAUGACUUUUAGCAGCGCUGUUGCAUGGCGCUCCUGCCAAAAGUGUUUAUUCCGAGCAAUGCGCAUGCCAUACGCUCAAGAUACAUUUUCAGCAUACACAACACGUUCUGUAAAUGAAUGAAGCACUUUCUGAACUUUUGCUCAAAUACGUUUUGCAAAAUCUUCUAAUCAUGUGAUUAUUUUUUUUAGGAGUGUUAUUGUGAAGUGUCAUCGGCAAGUUUAUCUGAGCACGGGCACUGAGACGCAGUGGGUGGGACUUUUCUUUUUAAGCCAAUGAGAAUAGUUUUUCUUAACCAGCCAUUUGUGAGACACGCCUCUUUCCCUAAUUCCAAACACCCAUAAUGUUACUCCAUUAGCUCAAACCUUGCCUCCAGUGCUAGGUUGCAGUGGUCCACGUAAUGGUGCCAACGCUAGGCUCCCCUUCACCAAGUGGCACUACAUGGGAAGCAGUCAAGCAAGGUGGAGAAAGUAUCGAAAUGUACCGCGGUUUUUAAAACGCUACCGAUGAUGCAAAACCGAAACAACCAAAUGUCUUCUCUUUAUGUCGGCUAAACUCUUAUCACAAGAAUAACACAAAGCCAUCAAAAAGGUUUGGGGGGCAGCCACCCGUUUAUUGUGCCCUUGCUGAAAAAGGGUUGUAUUCAUGUGUGAGCCCAAAACAGAACUGAUUAGAGAGGGAGAAUAUGGUGGCUUUAAAGGCCGGGACAGGAAGUGAUGUCAUCAGGACCGGAAACGGACGAUGCACCCGAAAAUGAAAUCUUAUGCAAUAUUUAGCUAUGUAUUUGGUUCUCUGAUAGCAAUUUAUAUAUGUUAAAAAAAUAAACAAAACUACACUCUUAAAAAAUAAAGGUGCCAGAGUGGCUCUUCACAGCAGUGCUAUAGAGGAGCCAUUUGUGUUCUCAACAGACCCUUCCAGACUGGUUCCAGAAAGAACCAUUUAUUUAUUUAGAUCUGCCACCAUGAAUAGUUGGAAACAAAUUUGUGAAAUACCAAUAAAUCAUGAUUUUUACAACGACCCUUGCUGCAUACAAAACCACAGGCUAAGUGCAUGUUUUCUUAAUCUGUUUGAGUCCUGCUACGUAGCCUACUAUAUAUUUAAAAUUGCAGUUUGGUCUUUUUCUACAUAUUAGGAUUUUUUUUUUUUUUUACUCACAAAGAACCAUCUCCGUACGUAAAGAGCCCUACCCAGAAUGAAAUGGUGCUUUGUUAAGAGGAACAGCGCAACCCAAUAAUGAACCAGAAGAUGCCGUUACAGAACCUUCAUUUUUAAGGGCCUAGUUUGGCCUUCCCAUAAUUCUUAGUGACUUAGAGGUGUGUUUUGGGAAUGUACUGUUUAUAGUCGGUCACUCUUUAUCCAACCCGUUAUAUCCUAACUGCAGGGUCAAGGGGGGUCAGCUGGAGCCAAUCGCAGCCAACACAGGGCGCAAGGCAGGAAACAAACCCACCUCAGAUAGUUUAUAUGUGGUGAGCAUUUCAAAUAUAUUCAGAUCCAUCUGUUAUCCAACCCGUUAUAUCCUAACUGCAGGGUCAAGGGGGGUCUGCUGGAGCCAAUCGCAGCCAGCACAGGGCACAAGGCAAGAAACAAACCCAGAGGAGGGUGCCAACCCACCACAGAUACUGUUUAUAUCUGGUGAACAUUUCAAAUAUAUUCAGAUCCAUCCAUCCUUUCAUUAUCCAACCCGCUAUAUGCUAACUACAGGGUCACGGGGGUCUGCUGGAGCCAAUCCUAGCCAGCACAGGGAGUAAGGCGAGAAACAAAUCCCCAGGCAGGGCGCCAACCCAUCGCAGAUACUGUUUAUAUGUGGUGAGCAUUUCAAAUAUAUUCAGAUCCAUCUGUUAUCCAACCCGCUAUAUCCUAACACAGGGUCAAGGGGGGUCUGCUGGAGCCAAUCCCAGCCAGCACAGGGCGCAAGGCAGGAAACAAACCCAUAGGAGGGUGCCAACCCACCACAGAUACUGUUUAUAUCUGCUGAACAUUUCAAAUAUAUUCAGUUGUGUUAUCUAAAUGCACCUAAAUGAAGAGAGAGAGAGAGAGCUCUGCUGGGUUUCUUCACUUUGCUGGACUGCAUUAACAAGAGCAUGUGGGGCUCCUCCAGUUGGUGUUAAUAUCAGAGGUCCACGUUUGGAGUUCGUUUAUAAAGUGGGGGGACAAGAUUGUUCUUUAUUAACUAAGAAUUUUCUUCUACAGUUUGGUACCCCUGGGAUGUUCCCUCAUCUCACCGCGACCGUCUUACCUGCUGUGUCCUUGAGUUGGGCAUUCUCACCGCUAGACUCGUUUGCCACGGAUUACUAUUACUCGCGAUCGCCGGAUCGUCUUUCUGGAUCAGGGCCGUCUUAACAGCGUUAAAGCAAUGCACCUACACAACCACUCAGCAAGUCACAACAUACAUCGAUUAGGGAGGAGCCAAGGGGGCAACUGCCUGGUGUGCCCAUGCGUUAUGCCAGCCCUGUUUUCGAUUGGGAGUUCUCAAGCUGCUGGACAAGCAUAAAGAAGUUUGUUUUAAUGGGUAAAUAUGUCAGAUGUGUGUUAUUUAAGAAUCGUUUCUUCUUUUUAAGGAAUCCUUUGCUGCAAUCUGUUGUAAUAGACAGGGGGCAUAGAAAGGGUAGCCUACCACGCCUGCUGGGUAUGAACAGGAGGUAACCUGACUGUGCUGAAACCUCAUUUAGUUACAGCGAGACAGUUGGAAAAACACUUCCAUUUUGCAUAAAAAAAUGAACUGCUUUAAAAAUUUUCAGAAUUCCGUGUUCUACCUUCGUUUGAGAUGCCGUAGCUCAGAUUCUUCUUUAUCUUGGAGCUCUCGAAGUUCACUGUCAUCCUGAGGUGCUGGACCUCGCUGUAUCUGCACACUGCUGAAGUCCACUUUUACUUCGAGAUUCUCAUUUUCAUCUUGCCGUUUUCUCUACAUACUGUUUCUGUUUAGUGAUGAGAGAUAUAAAAGGGAACGCGUUUCCAUAGAGUAACAUUUUAAAGGACUGCCACAAUUUAUUAUUUUUUUUUUUGUUGUUUAUGAUUUUCUGAGUCAUCAUCAUAAUAAGUUCUCCAAAAAUAUGGUGGGAGAGAGGACAGGGACAUAAUAAAAUUAAUUAAAAACUGUAUAAAUCAGUAGGUAAAGAGUAGCAAAUUAACAUCAGCAAUUGAGAGAUGUGUCAUCUGAGUCAACUGGGUGUUUUCUCUUGAUCAUCGCUGCAAUAAAAGUUUAUAAAGUGAAAGCGGAAUUUUGAAGAAAAUGGUCUCAGCAGGUUUCCACUGAUUUUUAACUAGUGGUUUUAGUGGGUAUCUCAUUCUUGCUUUCUUUUCGGGUAUUGAUUCGUUUCUGUAUGCAACGCGUAACUAAAUGGACAACGAUAUCUUAACAUGCAGUGAAAUGAGAGACGUGGAAUAUGGAAAUGCUUUAUACGAGGAAAACCUGAAAACAGAAAUUCUAAAUGAGAUUAAAUGUGUUUAAGAUGGUUUACGUGACUUGGAGAAUGUCACGCAGUUUGUGAGUGGGAUCUCGGCGACUGAAGCGCAUUUAGAGAAGUUUUAUGACAAGUGAAAAUAUGUGGCGCCUUUUAAAUGGAUAAAGCAAUUGCUGAAUGUGUGUGGAAAAGUGGGAAUAGGUGUGUGGUUUGUUCAUUCAAAAUGAAACAUCUUAGAAGUUGUGGUGAGCGUGUGUACAGUAUAUCAGAUUGAGUGCUUUUUGAAAGUAUAUACAUUCUUGAUUUAUAUAUGUAAAGUGUAUAUAUGGAGACUGAUUAAUUGACUCACUUUUCUAUAAGAUAUUUAGGAAUGAGAUAUUGUUAAGUAAAGAUCUA